AUGUCGAACUCAAGAAACCCAAAUAUUGUACCAACGUUCUUACAACCUAACACAGUCCGCUCGUCAAGAGCUGCCAUCUUUCACGACAAUUUUGAUCAACAACAACAACAUUCAAAACCAACACACAACAACAGACUUAAAUCAUCAAGGCGUAAUCAGGACGAGGACUCUCAGGAGGAGGAAGAUAGUGAGGAUGGAGAUGAUCAACAGUCGAAAUCGAUAUUGGAGCGACUUUAUGGACAACUUCAGGGUGCCAUUGAGAUCGAAGACACGGAGAUGACGAUGCAAACCUCAGAGGCUGCUUCGAAUAAGAGGCUGUACAGCGACUCGGACAAGUCAGAUGUAGACGAAGAGGGUCAGGAUGAAGAUGAUGGCAUGGAGUUCCGACUAUUUGCUUCAGACGAAACCCCAACAACCAUUGUCCUGAAUGCAAAGGAGCCAGAGAUCAUAUAUGUGCACCGAGAGAGACCACCGCUGGAUGAGUCGCCUGGAUCAGAACGCAUGCAACAAAUCGCCGAGGCAGUCAUUGAUGCCAAAACCGUACUGGAACAAUCGCAUAUCCCAUGGGCGCGGUCAUUCUAUCCACACAAAGUCAUCCACAUCCCCUUCAAGCAAGAAACAGGAAACACAAAAGUGAAAAAGAGCAAGCGGAAACGCGAGUGGGAGAAGAAGGUCAAGGCCGGACUGAUCGAUCAAGCAACCAUCGACGCCACAACCAGGAAAACCAAAGUCUCGGAGAGCUGGGGUCAGCCUUAUACACCACGCCAUGGACUCGAUCGCUACACUAUUGAUGCAGGAACACAACCAAAGGAGACUUACUCCUCGAGAGGUGGACGUGAUGGUGGAAGGGGCGGUGCUAGUCGAGGCGGUGCUCGUGGUGGUAGAGGUGGUGGGCGUGGUCGUGGUGGCGCAGGAGCGUCUACAGGAACUACCCGUGACGGUCAUCCUGGCAAGUCGGAUCGGCACGGUGAUAACAAGAAGAAGGAGGUGUCAAUAGAUCGGCCGACAAAGAAGAAAUCUACCACUGACUCUCCAGUCAAGAAGACACAAGGAGAGAAAGUGAAGUCCAAGUCAGAGUCAACAUCAGCAGCAACAACAACAACAAAGACAACAACAGACGCGGCAAAGUCGGUUCUUCCAAAGAAACGGACGGCUGGUACCGAGUCAUCCACCAAGACUGAGAUUAGCAGCAACAACAGCAGCACUCCAGCAGCAGCAGCAGCAGCAGUACCUAGGCCACCCAAAAAACCCAAGGCAAACAAGCCCAUGACAAAACUGGACAAUAUCAUGGCGAUCUUGACCGGGAAAUAA